ACCCGGAUGUUGUAUGGUUCUGUAUGUCCUGCAGAGCCCAUGCGUUCUUGUUUACAUCAGACAGAUCCUUCAGACUGAUUUAAUCUGUAUUAAUUCAGUAUAUUUAUUUGUGUAGAGCUGAUGAUGAGAGGGGCGGGGGUCUCGGCGGGGUAUUACUGCACUGCAGGCGGCGGUAUGGAGACCUUCCUGCUGGAUGAAGUCAAAAACAAACUGAAAGCUACUGAGGUGGAGCAUAUCCCUGGCCGAGUGUUUUUCCGCUGCACUUCAACUCUACAGCAAUUGAUGUUAUUAAAAUCUGCAGAGAGGCUCUUCCUGCUGCUGCGCAAGGCUCCUCCCAUUACCCUGCCCAAAAAUCCAGCGAAAGCAGCGGACGUAAUAAAACAGAGCAUUGUGGGAAAUCGAGAUGUUUGGAGCCACACCCUCAAGUCCUGGACCUCCCUGCAGGCGGAGCUUAAUGGCCCUCAGGGGCGGGGUCAGAAAAGAAAGAGGGAUGAAGGAGAGAAGGAGGAGAACAGCAGUGAGAGUGGUCAGAGUCGCCCCACCUUCAGAGUCAGCUGCCGCUGCAGUGGAGCCAUCGCUCGCUGCUACAACUCCCAGAAUUUGAGUCGUAUCAUUGGGGUGGCCAUCAGCCGACAGCUUGGGUGGAAAACUGAUCUUCGAGAUCCAUCCAUUGAGGUAAAUGUGUACUUAAAUGAUGACCACUGUGUGAUUGGCAUCCCUCUCUUAAAGCAUCCACUGGCCAGUCGCAGUUAUAUGAAGCACACUGGGCUAAGGUCCACUGUUGCCUGGGCCAUGGCGUCCCUCUGCGCUGUACAGGAAGGCUCUGUGAUUUUAGAUCCCAUGUGUGGAGUUGGCACAAUAUUAUUAGAAGCAUCUCAAGAGUGUCCGAGUGCUGUGUGUAUAGGAAUGGACACUGAAACGGCUCAGUUGCAGAAAGCUGCAGAAAACAUUAAAGCUGCUGGCCAAGACAACAGAUUAAUGCUGGCCCAGUCAUCCUGCAUGGCUAUCCCAAUGCCAGCAAGCUCUGUGGAUGCAGUUCUGUGUGACGUUCCAUUCGACAGGAAGUUCAUCUGCAGCACGGACAUGACCACUGCCCUGCCGCACAUACUGGCAGAGAUGGAAAGGGUUCUCCGGGACGGUGGACAUUUGGUUCUGCUGUUGAGUCUGCAACUUUCAGCUCGGAUAAGGAAACUAAUCAAAUCGAGCUCCAGCAGCCAUCAGGCACACACUGCCGACCAUGACGAGGAGUCAGCUGACAGCACACACACCGCAAACACACACACCUCAGAUGAAAAGAGCAGCGACACAAAAUCCCUGAAGCUUAGUUCACUGGUUCUGCAGAGCACACACAGAGUUAGCCUCGGCAGCACUGACGCCCUCAUACACACUUACAAAAAGAUACACAACACACACUGAAACACGGCCUUGGUACACACUUGAACUGUGAUCAUAAACCUAAUAAAAAUAAUAAAACAGGCUCCUUUAAAGAA